UCAGCAUGUAUGCGCGCGCGAGUCGUGAAUAACGCAAGGACAUGCUCGUCGACACACAGUCAGCGGACAGAUGGUCGCAGGAGCCACGACCCAGGACGUACCGGACGACACAGCGCAUUCAGUGUUCGACGAGGCGAAGAGGACGCCCUCCGCCAGCUUUUAACCGUCCCAGGAUGCGCACGGACCGCCCCCUCGUCCUGGACAUGCACCGUGCACGCCCGGGAGCCUGAGCUCGCUCUUCGGGUCGUGGCGCGCUCGCCAUCUCUGCCGCCGGCGCCCCGUCCACGCUCGGACGUCAACGCUGUCCGGGCCCCACGCACACGCAUCCCUGACGGCGUAUCCCAGCCUGGACGGCGCACGUUCCGCGCCGAGCGAGCAGCGUCCCCCAGCGCAGGCGUCCCGCCUCCUUCGCCGCCCUGCGCAUCGUCUCAGCUCGGUGCGGCACAGACCGCCCUCUCCGUGGGGACAGCACGCACACGGGGCGCGGGGCGCAGAGCGCAGCUCGUUGCGGCUAGCACGUUCGCAAGCGAGCAUGGACGCCGUUCCCAUUUGCGUCCAAGACGCCGUCUCCGCGCAUGCCCGACGCACAGCGGGCAUGUCGCAUGGUCCGCGUGCUUCGCACCGUCGUGUACGCCGUGCCGCAUGCGCCCUCGCCUCUCGUCGGCGGGGCCCCUCCCCUCUCGAGGCCGACUCCCGCCGCGACGUCUCCCCGUGCGGCUUCCUGAACGCGAUGGCGCGCUCACGCGCACCACGACGCAUGUACACUACAGUACGCAGUGCCGUCCGCGCAAAUAUAUUGCGUCAUCUUCGCCCGUUGGAUGGCUGGAAGGAGGCAGAAUACGGCGCGUCCCCGCCCGCUGUUACGUCCUUCAGUGGCGUUCCUCGGUCCACGCGCAUGGGCGGACGUCUGCGGGGCUCUCCGCCGUGCACAGACGCGUGCGGGCAGUGCAUGGCGGCAUUUCGGCGGGCGGCGCCGACGCGCAACGUCCUCGAACUGUGAGCACAGGGGCACGUUGUGCGUGCUCGGGACGCCGCUCGAGGACGCCCCCAGCGUCCUCAGCAUUCGCGCAUCGUGCGCGGUCGUCCCGGGGACGGGGGCGCGCCGACAGAAUGCCACUCUCGCGCCUCGG